AUGGUGAUAGGCUUGGCUGCAGCGGGAGGCAUUCUGCUGCUGCUGCUGGCUGGGGGGGCUGUUGCUCUGUACAGGAGCAAACGAAAACCCACACAAAAACAAGAGGGCGCAACUCGAUCAGAUUACGUGCAAGAGGAAGCAGCCGCCAGCAGAAGAAAGCAGCGACAGUCGGACCUAGUGCAGCAGGCAGAACCUUCUUUCUGGGAGGAGGCGGAGCAAGAAGAUCCUGAUGCAGCAGAGAACACCCAUGUGUUAGUAGAUGAAGACUACUAA